CUACUUUCUCACAAACGUCCGUUAUUCAUAUACACUCUGUUGAACACACGAGCCUCAUCAGAUGCUAUGUCUGGACUUGAAAGUGGGGUUAGAUGUCUGAUAGAUGUCUCGCUAACUUUUAACUGUUUGUCGAUAAGUCCCUGACAUCAAUUUCUCCCAAAUCUCCACAGGCUUUAUGGAUUAAAUGACUGCUGUGGGAUUAUCCCCCAUCCCGGACAGCAACAGACAAAAUGUCUGUCACAAAUCAUUCACAAGUGACCGAAAUGUUUGAUGGCGCCGCCUGCAACUCUGAAGUUAGGCACGAGCGUUUCCUUACAAGGGCAAGAAGCAUCCGCUGACCUGGUCACCGAAGCAGCAGUUGCUUUGGUGAAGAAAAUCACCAACUGCUACGUACUUCCGAUGAUCGGUGUGCUGGGCAUUGUGGGCAACGUUCUCAGCUUGGUGGUGCUGGCGGCGCAGGAUCGUCAGCAACCGAUGAACAUCCCCCUCAUGGGGCUGGCAGUGUCCGGCAUGGCCUACCUCUUCACACGCAACAUCGACCUUGGCGGCUGCAUAUUGAAAGACACAGAUGCCCAGGCAGCAGACGACUUCUACACCAUCACGCAGGCGCAUGCGCUGUGGCUCAGCGUCCUGUUCUCCCGAAUAACCAAUGCGCUGACUGCUUCUAUCGCCUGGGGGCGGUGCCUGGUCGUAUGGUAUCCGCUCAAGGCGCGCGCCUGGGUGACGACACGAGCUCUGUGCGUCACAACCUCCGCCAUCUACGUCACCACCACCAUUGCGCACGUGCCCCUGUUUUUACGUAAUGAAGUCAUCUGGGUACAGCUAGAAACGACCAUAAAUGGACAGAAAACGAACGUCACUGUUGCACGUCUGCAACCCACAGCCUUCUCCAUAGAGAACCGGUAUUGGCUGGGCACCUACAAAGACAUGUUGUUAAACGUUCUAUUCCGCCUCUUGCCUAUGGUGGUGGUCAGCUUCUGCACUGCCCUCAUCCUGCUGAGCCUCAAACGCCAGCAGCAGUGGCGUCUAACGGCUUUGGCUGCUUCCGGCGGAAGCGGUGGCAAGUCACACAUCAUGCGUGAGGCUCGGCUAACCAUCACGAUGGUGUGGCUCUGCUGCGUGUUUAUCGUCUGCUCGUUUCCAGGCUUGUGCCUGUUUACCACGCGUCUUGUUAAGCCUGAGUUCGACUUCUAUGGAACCUUCUCCAAUGUGUUUGAAAUCACCACGGCUUCUAAUAGUGUGCUAGAAGCCAUCAACUCAGCCGUCUUCUUGGUCUACGUCGCUACUGGUGACAACUUUCUGAAGAAGUGCAAAAGAUCUUUCCUCACACUGCACACAGCGGCAAGUUGUUGCCAUAGACCUGCACCUCGCUCAGAAAUCGCCAUCUGCACGAGCAACGCUCUUCCUGCGAAUGAGAUGUUUGCAGGAAAUCGAUACUAAUGAAGAUUUUGCUAUCGAAGAAUAGUAAUGAAAAGUUUAUUGUCUGACUGCAGCAUUUAUAAAAUACUGUGUAAGGUGCUAGUUUUUAAAUCCAUUGAUUGGGUAAAACUCGGUGCAAGAUGCUGUUUCCCAAAAUUUGGGUGAAUACAUUUCGAUAUGCGCGCCUACAAACACCAUGUACACGGAGGUCAAAAUCGUGACGUCACAUCUGUACAUGUGUUUUAUUACCAUAUGGUCACAGCUCUUAUUGGCUGUAUUCAUGUACAAUGCUGACGUUUGGGUUGUUGACCUAUUAAUAUGAAUGAUGAAGUUUGUAGGCAGGUAUCUCGAGAACUGAAGACGAAGUGUUCACCUCACCCACUUUGAGAAAUACUAUAUUGCAAAACACUAGUCCUUUAAAAAUUUAUUUUUGUACUACAAUAAUUAAGACUACCGGACUUAUCCCAGACGACGGUAAUUAAGAUUUGCGUUAUGAAACUGCCGAUUUAUCGGAGCGCAGUAAAAUUUCGUUAACAGACCACGGAAGCUCAAUAUUGGCAGUACAACGAUUUUGAAGACGAUAUCAUCCACGAGGGCAAUGACAAUGAUAAAGACUAAGACAUGAAUGAUUGCAGAGCAGAAAUUCAAGGAUUAUGCCUUCCUUGUGCCAAUUUCUCCCUUACUCUCCGGCUAAUUGAUAAUAAUAACUAUGAGUGAAGGGGGAACAACUAGAGUUAGCUCAAAGAAAUCCAACACGAUUGUUAGAGCUUUCAGCAAAGACCCAACCGUUUAUGUCAACAAGACGCCGGAUUCACCUACAUCUGUA